GAAAACCUAAAAAAAAUCCUAAUCUCAGACAUCGAGAUUCAAAGGAGAGGCGGAAUUGUGGAAUCUCUCUCUCUCACUCACAUUUCUUCAUCACUCCCCACCGCCACCUCACCUCACCUCAUCUCAUCCCCUUCUUCUUCUUCUUCCUCCUCCCACCCGCUUUCUCCCUCCUCUCUCGCUCCUCCUCCUCCCGCCGCCGCCCCCAAUGUCCGGCCACCGUCGCUGACCUCCCACCCUUCGCUCGCCGCUCGUUUCCUUCCCGCCGCCAUAAAAAAAAUGCCGACACUCCUCACUUCCUUCCUUCUCUAGACUCCUAGCUAGGGUUUCCCCAUUCUCCUCUCCCGUUUAGCCACCCGAGCCAGGUUCUUCCAUCUUCUUCACCUCUUGCUCUCUCUCGCGCGCGCGCGCUCAGUUGUACUGGUUAAUUUCAUUUUGGCUUUGUUAUGCUUGUUAUCCGUUCGGUUGCAUGGAGGAGUUGGGAGUUUCGCUUCCCUUUUGUGUGGCGUGUCUGUUCUGCGAGAAAAAUGCAGGAAGCGGGGUGGGAAUUUUUUUUAUAUUAAUUUUUAUUUUUGGCGAAGAACGUUUUCGAGAGAGAGAGAGGGAGAGAGUUUCGGGUUUUCUGCUGCAGGUUUUUUUAGGGGUUCACUUAGUUUAGUAACGAGAACGCGUUGAAAGAGGGGGGAAAAGGAAGGGAAGGGGUAGAAGGAAGGAAGUAAUUUACUUAGCGAUGCUGUCUUCUAGGUGUUUGAUUAAAUGUCACAGACGCGAAGAAAACGAUAGGGUAUCCCCGUUUGAAAAGGACGCCUUUCCUGCCUUCGUUUUCUCAAUUCCCUCGCACCUACUAUUUUCCCCAUCCUUCGUCCGGUAUAUUUGCUUUCUUUUUUACUGGAUGUGAGUCAUGACUUGGGAGAGAAACUCUCAAUUGUGUGGGUGAUUAGUAGUGUAUACAUCUCUUUAAGAGUAAAAAAUAGGGUUUCGAUUAGGGUUAAUCAGUGAUGUGGCGAGUAAUUAGUGGGUGUGCCACGUAACUGUAGCCAAUAGGAGUGCGACAGGCGGAUCAGGAAGAAGAUUAGAAGAGGAAGGGGUGAGAAUGAUCAUGAAAGAAAAUAUAUUAAGCCCACUAAUCCCGUGUGGCACAUUUUGAGUCAAAAUGGAUUUGCUAUUUAUGUGUUGGGGAUAUUGGAAUGUGCGGGGUAAUUAAGGGUAAAACGUAUCUCGUCUUAGAAUCUUAAAAGGACUUUCUUUUCAUGGUCAGUUUUUUUUGCCCCCUGAUUCUCAUAUAUAUAAUUUGAAAACGUGUGCUGUUGAGAAUUUGGCUGCAUAUUUGUCUUCUUGGAUAAGUUUGGAUACAUGGAGUUUUGAGAGUGCGGAUGAUAAAGGAUAAUCGAAUACUUAAGGGUUUGUCUUAUCUUACUGUUCUUUCUCUGUGUGUCUAUGUGAUUUUCCGGCGGUUAUAUGCCCGCUUUGCUCAAUUGGCUGCCUUCGUGAAUGGCAUUGGUGGGUUUUCGAUUGUGAUUGACGGGUUUGUUUUUCUGUGUUUGUGCUUGUCCCAUUGUUGCAGGUUUUUAAUAUGAACGACUCCUGGUUUUUCGACAAAAAUUUCAGUGGAGUAACGGACGAUUUCUUCGAUGAAACGUUGCUGUACUUUGAUUUCCCUCUAGAGGAUGUUGAUCCUGCCGCUGUGGAAGAGGAUUGGCAGACUAAAUUUCAAGAACUUGAGCCUCCUUCAAUCUUUUUGCCAAACUUUCCGUCAGAUAUCUGCUGUGCAAGUGGCAAUGGCGCUGCCAAAGUAGAGGGAACUUCCUCCAUUCUGCAGGACAAAUCAUCGGAGUUCAAGCAAUGUUCAACAAUAAGCAGUAACAAGGCAUCAUCCAGCAGAAGCAUCAGCAUCCAGUGUGAUUCUUCUUCUGAUGCCAAAUAUCCUCAACAAAAUUUCAGGACCUCAAGCCCAGUUUCUGUCCUCGAGAGCAGCAGCUCCUCUUGCUCGGCCGAGAACCCAACUAAUUAUCACUCAACAAUAGCCGUCCCAUCCAAACGUCCUCGGAGCAAAGGCCUGCGCUCCCAGCGUCGCACUUACGAGUUCUUCCACCGUUUAUUCUCCUCGGGCAGAAAAACGCUUCAUCCGCUGGCACAUCUCGAGCCUGAAUCCAUGCCCCGUGUGGAUGAGAAGAUAUCAUCAGGCCUCGUGAAAGGUAUUCAGAAGAAGAGAAAGCAGCAGCAGGGCACAAGUAGUGAAACUAGGAGGUGCUCCCAUUGUGGGGUGUCGGAGACUCCGCAGUGGAGAGAAGGCCCAUUGGGACCCAAAACGCUCUGCAACGCUUGUGGGGUUCGUCACAGGUCUGGCCGUCUGUUCCCAGAGUACCGCCCAGCUGCUAGUCCGACCUUCACCCCCGCGGUGCACUCGAACUCACACAGGAAGGUCUUGGAGCUAAGGAAGAAGACCUGCACUGGCGAUGGCAGCGGCGAGGAGGAGGGAGCAGGAUCCGCGACCACCACUUCGACUGCCUGAGAAUCGCGGAAACAAAUGCUGAUUUUGACUGGUAUUCGUUUGAUUAUUAUAUUUGUUUAGGAGUAGCUAGCGUGGGUUAGGAGGACGAAGACGACGAACGAUUAGCAGCGUAAGUCUUGUAAUCUCUCUCUGGUGAUGAUGCUGAUACUGUUUAUGGGGUUCAAUUUGUUCUUUGAUGUACAUUAUUACCUUGAGAAUAAGAAGCGGUAGGGAUGUCAGGUAGAUGAUGAAGGCAGGGAUAGAAGAAGUUUAGCUUUGCAAGCGGAAGAAAGAAAAAGAGAGGAGUCUCAGAAGAAGAAGAAGGACCUUGAAGGCAGAGAGAGGCAUUAGUUUAUUAUAUAUCUAUGCUUUGUGUGAUUGUGUAGAUGUUGCCGAAAAGUUAAGUAGGUGUUAGCUUGUUCUUCCUUUCUUUUUCCCCUUCUCUAAUGAAUGCAGAACCCUUUUCUAGCUAUUACUUUGGCUCUUAGUUCUUACACUUACUUUCUUUGGCUGUUUUCAAGUGUGGGAGUAACAUCAUACUCCCACGAUGUUUUUUCAUGUGAAAUCGAUCGUAAAAUGUGCAUCAUUCUAACGAUCUCCUUGAUGGCGGAAUGUGGAAUCGCUAAACCGUAUUCUCGCACAACCUUCUGCUAUCGCCAAACUAAUAAUCAAAUGUGUCGCACUGCUUCCAUUGUCAAAUGCAUUCAUCCAAACAACCUCUCAGUUAAGUUGCAAAGACACCUGAAUGAACCACCCGUUUGACAACCUGCUGAAAGAGUGGAAAGCAAAAGAAGGCCCAAGGCAGCACUCCAGCAUUGGAAGCCCAAGGCCCAAUUAGUGGGUCGGCCCAAAACUCAAUUCUGGCCCAGCCAGUACGAGCCUUUCCAAAAGCCCGGCGACAAAGAAACCAACUCCCUGCCGACAGCCGAGGAUGGAACAUAUUUAAAAAAAAAAAAAAAUCUUUUUAAUAUUUACUGUACGAGGCCAUAAAGGAAGAGUUGAAUAAUAACGGAAAAAGAGAUAAGGAAACACGGUCCCUGGGUCGGGUACCACAAACCCGGGCCGUAGCGUUACGUCCACGUCUUCCGCCGUCCCAUCAAUCGAUUCAACCCGAGAGUCGCAGUCUCACAGAGAUACAAAAACAAAAACAAAAAAAACACAAAGAAACAAAAAUACUGAGAUCCAAAGAACAUGUCAAAGACAGAGGUCCAGUUGUUAAAAGACAACAGCAACGACAGGCCCAUCACGUUAAUGGAGACACAUGGGGGCCCAUCCCAGCUAUAACCCCGCCCAAGCCCCAAGAGCCCACAUCCCCUCCCCCUGUUGUCUUUAGCUGCCUGGCCACGUCGACGGUUCACGGGGCCCACAGAACGCCACCACCUCAAGCAAGCAAUCAGGAAGCACAGAGAGAGAGAUGGAGACACUCUUAGAGUAAGAAAAUGUUGCUGUCAAUUGUCAUAAGUCGUGUUGACAGUUUGUAUCUGUGUGGUACGAAGAACAUCGUUUAAGUCAAUGCUAGUAUUAAUGAAUUUAGUCGGUAUUCAACGUUUUAUAUUGGAUUUUUGGUUAUGAAUUCACGACUUAGUUAAGAAUCUGGUUAGGUAGUGUAAGGCUUUGGUUGAUUCCUUGUCUCAUGGAAAGAUAUUUUUGUUGCAGAAGGGAGGUCGACGCUUCUAGGUAUUUGAAAUGUGAUACAACUACGAGUAGUAUAUGAGGAACGCACGUAUGACGCGUAUACGAUAUUUUGUUUUUUUUGCAAAGUUAUAGUUUGUUUAUAUUGCGCAUAUGAUGAGAUUAGAAAAAUGAUUGGACGAGAUGAAGGCUAUUAGUUAUAUAGCCUGGUUCCCCUCAUUCAAAAUCUAGGUUUCAUCAUAUGUAAAGAAGUUGUUCCAAUUUCUUAUUUUCAAUCAGUUCUUAAUCUGAAUUUAAGUUAUGCCGGUACAUGAUUUGAGCAUUCAGUAUGUCCGUUUACUAGAUGUUUUAAUUCUUAACUAGUGUCAGUGCCUCGCAUGCAUGGACAUAUGACAGUAUAUCGGUUUAGAUACUGCAAGACAAUCCGAAUCACAUGAAUACCAGCCCUGUGCGCGCUUUACAACCUGAAUCAUAUCCUUUUUUUUCACACUCAUGUAGGAUCAUUAGCAACUAACAAAACCCAAGAUAUUUGAGAAGAUGUCAUUAAUAAGAACCAAUUCUAAAAGCCUAGAAAAGGGACGUGGGAGGGAAGGGAGGGAAAGGGCAUUAGGAGUUGUCUUUCACUAAUCAAGGUUAGGUUUGGUGGGGGAUGUCCCAUUAGGCUAACCAUAUUGCUCUUCAUGUUUUGCCAAAAUUAGGGGCUAAUCUCAUUGGGUUAGGCCUUAGAUGUUCGUUCUGCCUAUUGCCAAAGAAGAAAUUAAAGCAAGUAGUGGGGGUUGUAGAAAGAAAGCAAGCAUUAUGUGUAAUUAUUAGGACCCAAAGAACGUGUUGUGUUUGUGCCCUCCACAAAUUAUCACUAAAUAUGUGGACCGGUUUAAGGACCACAUUAUAAAUAGAUAUAUAGAUGGCCCUAUUAAGUGUUAUCACAAGAAAAAAAUAAUGAAACAACAAUGGAACAUAAGUACAUCACACCACCAUUUGUGGUAAAUUUGUUAUCCACCUCCCAUUGUUUCUUGCAACCAUCUCUAAAUUGAGUGGUAACUACCAUGUUUUCUAGAUCCCUUUUCAAUUUUUUACCCUCUUAGUCCUAAUCGAUUAACUAGCUUUCUUAAACGCUAUCAAGAACUCGCGAUUCUUAGAGUAUGUAUAAAAAAAAGAUCGAGAAUUUGUUGUAUGAUUGUUGAUUAAUCUUUUAAAAAAAUGAAUUUCACUUAAGAAAUACCAAUCUUAUCCUUGUCAUACCAAUUUUUUUUUUAAUUAGCAUGUUAUUGAAUUACAAUCCUCAUCUUCAAUUUCCUCUUUUAGGAUUUUAUAUCUCUAUGAAAAUCACAUAAGAUUCAUACUCAAACAUCUUUCAAUACAACUAAUCGUUGAGACGAACUGUACUUGGGGCAUGGUCUUGGAAUCCUCGACCGAGACGUCCUUUGUUCGAAUGCUCGUAGCUACACAAAAUAUAUAUAUCGAUAGGUCCUCCGAUGUAAGUAUCAAGUCCACUAGUUGUCUCUCUUUCGUCAUAAAAUAUGUAUUAUAUUGAAUUGGUAUGAUAUCGAUACCGAGCUACUUUCAUUUCAAAGCCACUCGAAAUGAAAUCAGGUCGAAGAACGGGGUACCCCACUUUGUCACCACAACAUUAUCAGCCCCAGUAACAGUUCACUAGUUGGAUUAACGACGAGUAGUAAUUAAUGUCAUUUGGCUUCUCAUUAGCGCUUUCAUACAAACAACCCAAGUGGGGCGUUAACAUCAAUUCCAAUUCCCUCUUUUGACUUGGUGAACGCUACACUACUUCUGCUUAAUGCUAUGAAGAGGAAGGCCGGAAGGUAAUUAACUGAUCGAUCGAUUAACAGGUCGGCAUUCCGGCCUUAUUCAAUGGUAUCAUAUGGAACUAGAAGUGGUCAAAAAAUUUAACCUUUUGGGAUAUGAAAAAGACGAGGUAGGGAAAAGGGUUAAUUAAUUAGGCCCACUAAUCUCCAGCAAGCCAAACAAAACCUCAGACCACAAAAACAAAACCACGUUAACGUUGUGAUUAAGGAUUAUGAUGUGUGUGGGUUUGGAUUGGUUAUGCUGUCCUUGGCCGGCUUCUGAUCGCCGGCGACCGCAAGAGACGGCAGAAAAUGUCGACGGACGUACAUUGUUAUACCCUACUUUUUAUAUGUACGUUGGUGUGCAUGCAUGUCCUACAUGGAUCCACCGUCAGUUGGAGAAGGUACAAAUUGGAUGUGGACUAAAAGGGUUCUUAGUUUACACCGUCGACAAUCAUGUUUUUUCGUGGUUUGAUUUGGUAAAAUAUAUAUGGUGAAGGACAUUAGAUGAAACAAACGAUUUGUCUUUUUACCAAAAAAAAAUUCAAUUCAGUGCGCGCUACAAAGUUCUUGACUCAAUACGAGAAUGAAUCGAAGUUUUUCGUGGUUUGAUUCGAGCUAGGCACACAAAUCGAUUAACUAGUAGCCUCUCGUACAUAUAGGAGGUGUUUCCACACAAUGUGUCAUUGACGAAAAUAAAAUUUGAAUCAGAAAUCGAAGGUGUAUUCGUAAGGGAGAUUCUUUGAUGAACUUCUCCCAACAACUCGAGUUGUUGAAACAAGUUGGUUUUGGAGACAAAUUAAUUGAUGCAUUUCUCGCUGGAUCUUAUUGCAAGUUGUGGACACUUUUAGAUCCGAUGAGAAUCAUGCAAGAUUAUUAUCGAAAGUGUCACUAAUAUGAAAACGAGAUUGUAAAAUCAAACCAUCCGAACCUAAUAUAUAAUCCACCACCACUUACAUGAAACUAAGGGUUGCAUAAAAAAAUAAUGGGUUUCUUUGUGAAAUAGAUUUAUUGGGUGAGUCCAAUAUAUCGCCACCAAAGAUUGUUGAACCGUCACCCCCAUGAAUCCAAAUAAAUAAAUAAAUAAAUUUCUCAUCCAACAAAUAUCGGUUUUUUUCCGUUUAAUUUGUUUUGGUUCAAAAAUUUUAUUUAUUUAUCAAAUAUAUGAAGUCGCUCUCAUCUUCCUGACAACAUAAUCGAUGGAAUUGGUUGGGUGUCGGUAUACAUGUCCAUUCUUCACCAACCAAACCACAUACCUUUGCCUUGUUUGAGAUGAUGUGAAACUCUUUUCAUUUUCUGAUUUCUGUCCCCAUGAAAUGAAAUUUCAUUCUAAAA